AUGUCUGCCGAAGAUAGCGCAAUGGACAUCACCGUCAGCAACGACGAGCCACGCGUCGAGUCCAUGGAAUAUGGCUGGAAAGGCAUAUAUCGUGGAGAUGACCUGACCUCUCAAUGCCGAAUAUCCAAGAACGACGGCACCGAGCUUAGUACUGCUAUUCAACUUUUUGGCUCGAUUGACGGGUUUGAGGGAGUUCUCAACAUUGAAAUUGCCGAAAUUGAUCUUGAGGAUGACCUUGACAACGAAAAAGACUGGACGAAGGUGGCGUUGUCUCGUCUCAUACAGCCGGGCGAGGGUGAACGCUAUGCCAAUCUUACCGAUGCUGUCAAGCGGACAUACUACUACGCCUCAGAGAAAGAUAAAAGAUCUCAUCGGAAAUUCAUCAGGGAAGAGUUGGCCACCAUCUACAAGAUGAUUGUCGAAUCCAACCAAUCGGGAGCUUCUUCGGUAGCUGCCUCCCCAGAAGAAGAAGACAUUGACAUGGAAGGCUAA